CUCACUGUAGCUGCAGUACCCGUUGCUUCCUGUGGGGGCACUCCAUUUAUCCGGCUCGUCACCCUGAAUUUCACCGGCGGAGCAGCACACGGCUUUCUCCACAGCAGCAGUUACGAACCAUUUCACCUAAAAUGGACGCGGGAUUCUUCCGCGGUACGAGUGCGGAGCAGGACAACCGCUUCAGCAACAAGCAGAAGAAACUGCUGAAGCAGCUGAAAUUUGCAGAAUGUUUGGACAAAAAGGUGGACAUGACCAAAGUGAACCUAGAAGUCAUCAAACCUUGGAUUACGCAGCGAGUCACCGAGAUUUUGGGGUUCGAAGAUGACGUCGUCAUAGAGUUCAUAUUUAACCAGCUUGAGGAGAAGCACCCAGAUAGCAAGACGAUGCAGAUCAACCUGACAGGCUUUCUGAACGGGAAGAACGCCCGGGACUUUAUGAAGGACCUUUGGCCCCUGCUGCUGAGCGCCCAGGAGAACAUUGCCGGCAUCCCCUCAGCUUUUCUGGAACAGAAGAAAGAGGAAAUCAAACAGAGACAGAUUGAACAGGAGAAACUUGCUUCUCUGAAGAAGGUGGAUGAGGAAAAGAAGGAAAAGGACCUCAGAGAACGGGCUCAGUCAAAGAGCCCCAGGAGGCGGAAAACGAGGUCACCAUCACCGCGAAGGAGGUCACCAUCACCACGGAGGAGGUCACCAGCAAAGCGGGAAAGGAAACGCAGCCCCUCGCGCUCACCAAGGCGCAAACAAGCUAGUCCAGUUGGUGGCAGUUCACCCCCUCCGCCCCUGAUGCAGCUGUCCACAAAAUCUUCGGAGCAGCCGGUAGAACCAGAUACUUCAGGAAGAGCUGUGCCAGAGGCAGUCGUCCAAGAAGCUUCUUCCACCUGUGAGACAGUUGUGGAAGUAGUGAAAGCCGACUCUGUGAAUGAAGUCAAAGAACAGUCGCCAGAGAAAACCCUUAAGAAGGAAGAAAGACCAAGGUCGCGAGAAAGGGAGAAGGACACGAGGAGGGAAAGACACCAUCGCUCACGCUCUCAUUCCCGCUCUCGGAGACGCCGCUCGCGCUCUAGAUCGUACUCCCCUCGCAGAAGACAAAGUCCCAGAAGGAGAAUGUCUCCUCGUCGUAGGAGCCCUCCUCGACGUGCACCAGCUAGUGCCAGGCACAGACACAGGCGUUCCCCCGUCCGCAGGAGGCGCUCCCGCUCUGCUUCAUCCUCUGGUAGCAGCUCAUCAGGCUCUCGCUCGCCUAAAAAAGCAGUGAAAAGAAUAUCUACCACACCACCCCGAAAACAGGUCCAUCAUCCUGAUACUUCCAUUAGUCCCACAGGCAAGAACAGACGAUCGCCGUCUCCACGAGCUAGAAGGGGCCGGGGCUCUCCUUCCCCACCCAGAUCAUCAGGGUUUAAGAGAAAACAAGGAGGAAGGGCUGAUUCUCCCCCUGACAACGUCAAGCCCAGACCAUCUGAAGGCUCCGAGUCGGAGGAGGAUAAAAAUGAGAAAGGGGCAACAGCAGAUUCGGUGCAGCAGCGACGUCAGUAUCGCAGGCAGAACCGACAAUCGUCUUCAGAAACGGGGUCUUCAUCCUCGGAAGAUGAGGCGCCCAAGAGGGCAACAGGAGGGUCAGGUGCCAGAAAUGGUGAGGUCAGGAGGAGGCGCAGUCGUACACCGUCUCCUCGAAGGCGACACAGGGAUCCCUCUCCGAGGAAAAGACGUUCUCCAUCUCCAGUACGCAGACGUCGCACCCCUACUCCUCCUCGCCGUCGCAGAUCUCCCUCUCCUCCUCAAAGACGCAGGUCUCCUUCCCCACCACCCCGUCGUAGAUCUCCAUCCCCCAGACGAUAUUCUCCCCCUAUCCAACGUCGCUACAGCCCUUCACCUUUGCCUUCUCAGAAGAGGAAACUGUCUAACUCGCCCAUGAAACGCUCUUCACCGGCUACCAGGCGACGUCCCUCCAGAUCCCCCAGACACAGAAGCUCUCCUCCUCCAAGAAGACGAUCCCCUCCCUCCUCUUCAUCUCCACCCAGACACAGGAGGAGCCCCAUGCUGCCACCGGGGCGGCGAAGCAGAGAUGCACGAUCCCCUGUUGCAGCAUCCAGACGCCUCUCCCCAUCCCCUGCAAACCGCAGUCACGCUGUUAGAGGAUCCACAACCCCCCCACGGCGCUAUGAAACCUCGAGCACAUCUCCGUCUAACCAGCGCAGACAGCAGUCACCUCCACACAACAAAGUCAUCCGCAGAGUUUCACGCACCCCAGAACGCCGUGACAACCAGAGACCGUCUCCAAGCCCUCAGCCUAUAAGAAGAGCGUCCUCCAGAUCUGUUUCCCCUGAACCAGCAGCUCAGAAACGUCCGACUCAAGCAUCCGCCUCCCCCUCCCCGUCUCGCUCUGCCAGUGCAUCUCCACCACCAGCCAAGAAAGCCAGCAGCGGUUCCGGAAGUCGAUCUCCAAGCAAGACUUCGGAUGUUGACGGCAGUGCAAAGAAAAAGAAGAAGAAGAAGGAAAAGAAACACAAGAAGGAGAAGAAGCAUAAGAAGCACAAGAAGCAUAAGAAGGAGAAGAGCAGUGGUGCUGCUGUGACUGGAGACACACAGGAGAACCAGGCUGCAGAGGAGGACAGAGAUUCCAGAAAGGAAUCGGACAGCGACGUGGAGAACACCUUAGAUGAUCUGGAAAAGCACCUUAGAGAGAAAGCGCUGCGCUCCAUGAGGAAGGCCCAGAUGUCUCCAUCACAGAUGUCCUGAAAGCGAGUGCCUCUCACUCGUGAAUUUUCCAAUCACUCUUGAUGUUUGUCAUCAACCUGGUUCAGCUUUAGAAUGUACAAAUUGUUAAACCUUGACUUUUGUGUUUCUUUUUACUGGUUUGGUACAUUCUGAAGGGUUUGAUUUGUUGGUUAGUGUAUUAUCUGAACUGUAAAGAAGCUUGUGAUGUUCAUAAUUUUAAUUUGUCAGCAGGGAAACAGGUUAGGCUCAGCGGUUUUGAUUUGGGCAGGUUAAAUAUUAUUUCCACAGCCUACAGUAGAUUCUGUUGAGAAAUGAUUGCAUGUGCAGUGAUCGUCUCUGAUGUGCAUGAACCACUGACCUUAUGAAGUAUAGGUAACUAUACAGUAACAUACAGUUACUUUUGCCUUUUAGUUGUGAGAGACGGCUGUGUCCACUAUUAAAGAGGCUGUAACGGAACCUUUUGUCCCAUAUUGUAACUCAAUAGAGGUUUCAGCAUCAUUUAACACGCUUAUUUUUGAGUUUUAAGUUCUUGUUUGAAGACAAUGUGAUACCUGCUUUAAGUUUUUUUUUUUCCAAACCGAUAGAUGAUGCAGUUUGUGUUGACACCCCUGUACCAAGCUAAUCUCUGUGGGACUGCUAAUAGUAUCUUUGUAUUUAGUAAUUUUGCCUCUUGUCAUCUUGUCCUUUCAGAAUUAAAACCUUUUUUAUAGGAUUAA